ACUAAGAUAGGUUAUGUUAUGUUUAUGAGCGCAAACGACUGUAAACGUUUUUAAUUUUGUUAUAAACUGUAAUUAUAACAAUGACUGAAGAUGUGCAGAGACAUUCAGUCCACACGUUGGUAUUCAGAUCUUUAAAAAGAUCACAUGAUAUGUUUUUAUCGAACCAAGGAAUAUUGCCACCGGUAGACGACACUGCGGAGAAGAUUAGAAGACUUGUAAAAGCCAGAGAUUCGUAUGGAAUGGUAUUUGACGAUGUUAAGAAAAUGCUAGCCAUGAAGCAUCUCAGAGAAGCCGAAGCGGGACCAAAUCCUCCUCCAGAUGGUGCUGCUCCAUCUGAUGCAGCGCCUUCGAGUGAAACGGCUGUGGUUCCAUUUGCGGAUAAUAGUUUAGUUACUCGUAAUCAGCCAAACAGCAAUGCCUCGCAAUUGGCUAACAUAAUGAAGAAAAUACCUACCAUGCCUAAACCCAAGUGGCAUCCGCCGUGGAAAUUAUAUAGAGUUAUAGCCGGUCACUUAGGGUGGGUGAGAUGCGUUGCUGUUGAACCCGGGAACGAGUGGUUUGCUACAGGAGCUGCCGAUAGGAUAAUAAAAAUAUGGGAUUUGGCUACUGGGCAAUUGAAAGUUUCGCUCACUGGGCACGUUAGUACAGUUAGGGGUUUGGCUGUAAGCCCUCGGCAUCCAUAUUUAUUCAGUUGCGGGGAAGACAGACAAGUGAAAUGCUGGGAUCUUGAAUACAAUAAGGUCGUUCGACAUUACCAUGGUCAUUUAUCAGCCGUGUAUUCGUUGUCCCUUCAUCCAACAAUUGAUGUUCUGUUUACUGCUGGUCGAGAUUCAACAGCUCGUGUUUGGGAUAUGAGAACAAAAGCUAAUAUCCAUACAUUAACUGGUCAUACACAUACUGUGUCAACUGUUAUUUCACAAGCUUCAGAACCUCAGGUCAUUACUGGUUCUCAUGAUUCGACAAUAAGGUUAUGGGAUUUAGCAGCCGGAAAAUCCAUCUGUACUCUAACAAAUCACAAAAAGAGUGUAAGGGACAUUGUCUUCCAUCCAACAUUGAAUAUGUUUGCGUCUGGUUCACCAGACAACAUUAAACAAUGGAAAUGCCCCGAUGGAAAAUUCAUCCAAAACCUUUCUGGUCACAACGCUAUUAUAAACUGUUUGGCAGUUAAUCCGGAAGGUGUUUUAGUUUCCGGAGGAGACAAUGGUACACUUCAUUUUUGGGACUGGAGAACGGGAUACAACUUUCAACGUUUGCAAGCACCUGUCCAGCCUGGCUCUAUGGACAACGAAGCCGUUAUUUUCUCAAUGACGUUCGAUAAUUCUGGAUCUAGAUUGAUUACAACUGAAGCCGAUAAGACUAUUAAAAUUUACAAAGAAGAUGACACUGCUACUGAAGAAAGUCAUCCCAUUAACUGGAAACCUGACAUUCUCAAGAGAAGAAAGUUUUAAUUGAAUAACAAAACUGUUCAAUUGUAAAUUUAAGAUUGAAGUAAUUUUUUAAUAUAAUAUCUACAUAUAAAACUUACUAUUUUGAAUAAGAAAUAAGUUACUUGAUAUGGUAAAAGAUUUUAAGGUAAUCAGUUAUUCAUACAACCUAGAAAAAAACCGAAUUUACUAUCAACUCUUAAUCUUAAACUUUCUACAGCAAAAUUUAAAAAAAAUCACUUGGCCUUUUGCUUAGAUCUGAUGCUCCUCUUGCUGUUCUGAAUGAGCAAACCUGUAUAUUGAAAUCCCAAAAUUAAGACCACUUGGAUCAAGUUGAAAAUUAUUCGUUGAGGCCAGUCCAACACUUUGUAAACGGGAUAUAGCCAGAUGCCGUCCUUAAAGUAGAUCGAAAAGUACCUAAAAUUAAAUAAAUAACACAUUACAUGUUUAGAGACACAAUAAAUAUAAAAAAGGGCACUCACAAGCUUUGGUACACCAAACAAAAUAUUAAGAGCGCGGCAGCGGCUGGCUUGAAUUUGAUAAAGUGGUCCUUCUUCGGUAAUAAAGUCUCUAACAAAAGGGGCACUCCGAUGAAGGAAUGCAGCACGUGGUUCAUCCACGAUGGGAAAAAUUCAUCUAUCUCCUUGGGAAAUAUCAGUUCCCUAUCGACGUACCAAAUCCCCCAAAAUGUUAAUAUUACAGUUAAGGUGCAGGGGAAAAGAAGAGCGUUGAAAAGGAAGGCUCUCGUUUUACCCAACAGAUUUUUAAUGCCCGAUGGAAUGCCUAUUAAUUUACUGAUUUCGUCUAAUGAAGCUAGGCAAACAAACAAAAUUUGAAGCACCUAGAAAGAAAAGAAAAUAACAUUAGCUUGACGUAUUUCCAAGGUAUUUGUUAUUUUGAAUGUGUCGGUAUUUUAAUUAGGUAUUUUC